AUGAAGAGCUCACUGAUAGUCCUUGCUCUCGUAGCAGUGGUCGCUGCCGAUAAAAUCCCCGACUUCGUUGCCCCGGGAAAAUGUCCUGCGGUGGACAAGAGGGCCUUCUUCGACAUGCAGAGAUUUGCUGGAGUGUGGUAUGAAACUGCGUUGACCAAGAACCCCUACCAGCUGCUUCAGCAGUGCGUGCGCAACGAAUAUUCUUUUGACGGCCAUAAAAUCACCGCCAAGACGACCGGCAUCAACGCUGAGGGGAGGACGGCGAGGCGCCACGGACAGAUCGCGCCGAUGCCUCUGGGAGAACCCUAUCUCUCCAUCGACUACGAGGGAUCGUUCCUGGCGCCCUUUGUCAUCCUGGACACGGACUACGACGUGGACUUUAGUCGAGGCUACUUCGCGGACUUCGCCUUCAUCUUCUCCCGCGCCCCAAGCAUGGCGGACCAGCACAUGAGGCGCUGCGAAGCCGCCUUCAGGAACAUCGGUUUCGAUACGUCCCGCUUCACCAAGACCGUCCAGGGACACUCAUGUCGCUACGACACCCAGAUAGGUUUCUGA